UUAAAGUGCUCAGGCCAACCACACUCAGCGCUCUCACCCGGACUAAAUCAGACUUUAUUUCACAAUUAUUACUUUAUAAAACCCGAGUAAAUAUUUAGCCUUUUGUCUUGAAAAGAAUAUGGGAAGAGAAAAUCUUGUUUUGCUCAUCAUCUGGAUGUAUUUUCUGAGUCUUUCUUCCAGUUUUUCAACCACAGUUACUCCAGCAGUGGAAACAAGCACAUUCAGCAACAGCACAACCAACUCUACAGAAUGGCUGGUGGGUUUCAGCAACAUUGAGUCCAAAUUUGCUCUGAGAACAAUCGAAGAACCAGAGGAUGAUCUAUGUUACAUAGUUCCUGGCCAGCGGGACACCAUUAAAGAGUGCAAUUUCAAUCCAGACACCAAGACUUUUAUAGUCAUUCAUGGCUGGACGGUCACUGGAAUGUAUGAGAGUUGGAUUUCCAAACUGGUGACCGCGCUGUACGAACGCGAGCCAACGGCCAAUGUCAUCGUGGUGGACUGGUUGAUCCGGGCACAGCAACAUUACCCAACCUCAGCCGCCUACACCAAGCUCGUGGGCCAUGAUGUGGCCAAGUUCGUCAACUGGCUACAGGCCGAGCUGGAUUAUCCAUGGGACAAGCUUCACCUCCUGGGCUACAGUUUGGGUGCUCAUGUAGCUGGAAUCGCAGGACUCCUCACAAGGAACAAAGUCAGCAGAAUCACAGGCAUGGAUCCAGCUGGCCCAAGUUUUGAGUAUGCUGAUGCCCAGAGCACGCUGUCUCCAGAUGAUGCCCAGUUUGUUGAUGUGCUCCACACCAACACACGUGGCUCCCCGGACCGCAGUAUUGGUAUCCAGAGGCCUGUGGGCCAUGUGGACAUCUACCCCAACGGGGGGACAUUCCAGCCUGGAUGUGAUCUGCAGAACACCAUGAUGAUGGUGGCUACCACAGGACUGAGAAACAUGGACCAGAUUGUGAAAUGUUCCCAUGAGCGCUCCAUCCACCUUUUCAUUGACUCCCUGGUCAACAUGAAGCAGCAAAGCAUGGCGUACCGCUGCAGCAACAAGGAGACCUUCAACAAGGGUGUGUGUCUGAGCUGCCGCAAGAACCGCUGUAACAAGAUGGGCUACGAGGUCAACAAGGUUCGCAGCCGUCGGAGCAGCAAGAUGUACAUGAAGACCAGAGACAUGAUGCCAUACAAAGUCUUCCACUACCAAGUUAAAGUCCAUUUCUUCAGCAAGAGCAACAUAAGCUAUACAGAUCAGCCAAUGAAGAUUUCCCUGUAUGGCUUUUCUGGAGAGAAGGAGAACAUUCCCUACAUUAUGCCUUCUUUGAAAACCAACACCACCGUCUCCUUCUUACUCACCACGGAUGUGGACAUUGGUGAGCUGCUGAUGGUGAAGCUGCUCUGGGAGAAGGACACCAUCCUCAGCUGGUUCUGGUGGAACUCAGACACUUUCCACAUCCGCAAGUUACGCAUCAAAUCUGGGGAAACACAGUCCAGAGUGAUCUUCAUCGCCAAGGAAGGUGAGUUCUCCAACCUCGCCCGUGGAGGGGAAGCUGCCGUGUUUGUGAAAGACAAAGAAGCUCAGUCGAGCCACAAAAAUGAAAGAUUGCACAAGUUGAAGAUGCAUGGCAGCUCAUUCAGAAACACUGCUUUGGAUGCUUAGAGAUGUCCUUUCACUUCCACCAUUUUGCUAGAAACUGAGAGGACCCUGCUGAAGCCGGAGUGAGAGAGAGGCGGUGCAGUUUCUGUAUAUUCUGAUACAAGCGAGUUGCAGAAUAGUAGCAAUUAUCUGACCUUCACCCAUAAGCACAUCCUAUAAGGAACUUUUACUUGCAGUAACCUUUAACUGCUGAGCAGUUUAAGCGAAAAAGCCUAGCUUCUGAUUACCGCUCAGUAUUAUCAAUUAGCCGAACUUGACCUGAGGUUACUGGAGCUCAGAGUAGAGCCACCACUUGAUGUGACCGUUGCCUGACCACUUCACAUUGGCUGUAAAUAGGCAUGUGCCAAUGAUCAAGUUGAGCCAUUCAACAAACAUCUUGAAUGAAAUGCUGCUGAGGUUUGUUUAUGGUUGCCAAAGCUGACCAAUGAGACCAGCAGAAGAUGUUACGAUAAUCGUGAUAGGCAAUAAUGAUGGGAAAAUCAUGCACAUGCCUAGAUCCUAAAUAUUUCUUUAAAUGAAAGAUAAGACAUCCUUUAUUGUUAUGCAAUAUAUAUGUAUGUAUAUGUAAGUAAACUGUUACACUGUUAUUGAAUUUCUGUCAGCUUUGGUCAAACCGAAGCAAAAGUAAUAAACAAUGUAAGGCAAAAUGGGCAUCACAUGGGGCUGCACUCAGCUCACAGGGGCUUAGUAUGCCUAACUGACUGACUGAUUGAUUUGCUGACUGACUGAUGGAUUCGCUGACUUGCUCUGAAGGUGAAAACACCUAAUGAAGGGAAAUCAAGCAGGAUGUUUAGUCCAUGUUUAUCUGCCUACAUAGCAAUCAGACACUGAGGCCCUGUCCACACGGCAACGGAUUCAGGUGACUCCGAUACAACUGCUUAUCGUUUAGGCCUGGCGUCCACACGGCACCGGCGUUUUGGGUGCCCAAAACGCAAUCUUUUUGAGAACGGGUUCCAGAGUGGAAAGAUCUGGCAACGUUGCCGUUGUGAAGUCGUCUGGAUGAGUAGAACGGAUUUGUUUACGAUGACGUCACAACCACAUGAUUGACUGUGAGUGCUUCACGCCGGGUAGAAGUGUAACGAACUCGAUGCGAGUUGUCAACAAAUCCUAUAACUUGGUUCAUGAAACGCGCUUACAAAAUAUUUUCACUGUGAAUAUUUAUUGUGUAAUGGUGCAAAGUGAGAGAGACUCUGCCCUUAGGGCAGAGUCAAUCCCGCCAGCAAAAAUAGAGAAAAAAAGGAGCGAUCUCACCUCUUCAGAUGUGGGUUUAAGUCCUACAAUACAUUCCUCAAAAAGGGCGUAGAACAACAAAUUAAUCCAUCAACGUGUAUCAUUCAAUUUAUUCCGGACCAUUAAAGACGCCGCCUUCCGCGUAGAAUCAUACGUCAUCCUCGCCGCCAUUUUGGAUAGGUCAAAGCGGAGAAUAAAGAUUAGCUGCGUUUAACUGUACCAACAGGUUUGCUGUCCAAACGAGAUCACAUGGGAUUACCUUUCACAGGUGAGACUGGAAAAAUACUUUUCAUUGUAUUUGGUCAUUAUAAUGUAAUUUUACAAACAGAUUUUCCUGACUUUGUGGCUAAUAUGAAGUCUCGCGCAUAAUAGUUUAUGCGCAUGCGUCCUUACUUCUAUUGUUCUGGUGUCUCCGAAGGGACCGUCUUACAGCGCCCCUAGAGGUGUGGCAUGUGUAUUGCAUCGUUUUCAGCAAGCGUUGCGUUGCCAUAUGGACCUGAUAUUUUACUGAUUGUUGCCCAUUUGGACGCGAUAUAUUUUUAAAUAACAUCUCGUUGCCGUUGUCGUGUGGAUGUAGCCUGAGUGUCCUUGGUUACAGUGAAGUGCUUGACAUGCCUUAUUGAAGUAGUUUAUAAUGAUGUGAUGCUAGGCUUUGUGUAUAAGAUGUCAUGGUGAAAUUUUAUAGAGUAUAAAAGAUGCACAGCACUCAAACUCUGUGAAAGACUGUGAAGAUAACUAAAACCUGUAUACUAUCUAUCAGAUACACUUAAUGCUGUAGAUCCGAUCUGCAUGUAGGAAUUUAGCGGUCUAUUUUUUUACCAUAGUAUUUAAAUAAUCAUAUGUUGACCACUUGCUAGCACGGGACCAAAUACUCUCUUAGCUGAAUCUAUAUCCAGAAAUGAUCAGUGUUAAUAUGUUUGUGUCUGUUUGAGUUACUGUGUUUGGCACAGGUCACUUUAGAGGCUUGGAUGUCACAAUCAGAUUUUUUCAUUCAUUUUGAUCUGUUGUUCACAGUUCAAUCAAAAGAUCGCUCAAGACCAAAAAUACAUUUGUUGAAAGUGUUUGAAGCAUGCAAAAGUUUAGGUUUUCAUUGAUUUUCAGUAUUUAAUCAUACACUUAUCUUGCCUUAUAAUGUGAUCAUCUGCCAGAUUGUUAUGGAUGAAAGGAGUUCUGUAUAAGCUUCUGUACACGUCCUGAUUGAGGCUUAAGUAGGUAAACUAUACAUAGUUCAUCAGGUGUGCUGUUAUAUUUCCAACAUACACCAGAAACCUAGCCCUGAGAAACUCAGAAAUUAAAUAGGCCUUAUGAAAAGUCCAUCAGGAUGAAUUUCCCCCAUAAGAGCCAUCAGUGCAACAGGGUUAUUUAUUAAUUGUAUAUUUGUACAUUAGCCUUGUAUAAACAAUGUAUACCCUGGGACUAUUCAUCUUAUUAAUAUGCAGUGUACUGUAUAAGUGUAUUUUAAUAAAGAAUAUGUUGCAUUAUAA